UGAGUUGUUCAUCUCCCACAGUUAUGGCGGUGUCGGGGAGUAGGAAAGAUGGCAAACAAUCCACUUCUUGAUUUGUAUCUUUCUCGUUGGCUUUGAGACGUGUCAUCACUUUUCCCUUCGUUGCAAUAAAUAUUCGUGUUAUUCAUCCAACGAUGGCGGACCGAGGCGUGGACAUGUCGGCGCUACCUAAGGAGGUCAGGGACCAGUUGGCGGAGUUGGAUUUGGAGCUCUCCGAAGGGGACAUCACUCAGAAAGGGUAUGAGAAGAAAAGGACCAAGCUCCUGGCUCCAUACAUCAUCCAAACACCAGUGGAACCUCCUCCUCAGUAUGAGCCUCAGGCUCCGGGUCCCAGCUCCUCUUCUGGCCAUGCCCCUCCUCCUUCCAGCUCCUCUCGCUACCGUCGCUCCCGGCGACCACAUCGCAGUGGCGGAACCAGGGACGACCGCUACCGAUCAGACAUCCAUUCAGAAGCGGUCCAAGCUGCGUUGGCCAAACAUAAAGAGGAGAAGAUGGCACUGCCCAUGCCCACCAAACGUCGCUCUACCUACGUCCAGUCUCCUAUUGAGACCCGCACCCCCCCAGACUCUUCGUCAGGGUCGGAGGACGAGGCCUCUGUCCGUAGACAGGGGUCUGUGGGGGUGUUGCUUGGUGCCCCCCAAUCCCUGGCCCAGCCCAACCUGCAAAGCCCUGACUCUUGGAUCAACCGCUCUGUCCAGGGCUCCUCCACCUCCUCCUCCUCCGCCUCCUCCACCCUCUCCCAUGGAGAGGGCAAGCCCCAGUCCCAGCCUCCGUCUCACCCCCAGGCCCAGGCCCAGGCUCAGCCUCAGUAUAAACCACAGUAUCAACCUCAGUACCAGCCCCAGUAUCAGCCUCAGUACCAGCUCCAGCCUCAGCCCCAGCCUCAGCCCCAGCCAGCAGCAGUCGCAGAAAUGCUGGCUCACACACGCAUCGCCCCAUCUGAGAACCGUGGCCCGCCGCCUGAUGUGACGGCCGCGGCCCCCCAGGUCAGGGGCCCCAGGGUAGACCUGCCCAACGCUGUGGUCCGGGGCAUGAGUCGAGGUCAAAGCCGCUCCAGCAUGAUGGAAACUGCUGACGGGAGGGGUACCUACAGCCUGAGAGAAACCCGGGUGCCGGUGAACAGCAGGGUGUCCACUAAGAUCCAGCAGCUGCUCAACACCCUGAAGAGGCCCAAGAGGCCCCCCCUCAGUGAGUUCUUCAUGGACGACACUGAGGAGAUUGUGGAAGUGCCCCAGCCGGACCCUAACACGCCCAGGCCAGAGGGCCGUCAGAUCAUCCCAGUGAAGGGGGAGCCCCUGGGGGUGGUCAGUAACUGGCCCCCGGCCCUUCAGGCAUCCCUGGCACGCUGGGGCUCCACACAGGCCAAGAGCCCUGCCCUAACCGCCCUGGACAUCACGGGCAAACCCCUCUACACACUCACCUACGGGAAGCUGUGGAGUCGCAGUGUGAAGCUUGCCUACACUCUUCUCAACAAGCUGGGUCCCAAGAACGAGCAGGUCCUCAAGCCUGGAGACAGGGUGGCGCUAGUGUACCCCAACAGUGACCCUGGAAUGUUCUGGGUGGCCUUCUAUGGCUGUCUGCUGGCCGAGGUUAUCCCUGUGCCCAUAGAGGUGCCACUGUCUCGAAAGACCACUGCUACUGGUUGGUCACUUGGGGAUGCUGGAAAUAGUCAGGUGGGCUUCCUACUGGGCAGCUGUGGAGUGGGCCUGGCCCUGACCAGUGAGAUCUGUCUGAAAGGUCUCCCCAAGACCCCCACUGGAGAGAUACUGCAGUUCAAAGGCUGGCCACGACUAAAGUGGGUGGUGACAGACUCCAAGUACCUGACCAAACCCUCCAAAGACUGGCAGCCCCACAUUCCUACAGCUAACACUGACCCUGCAUACAUAGAGUACAAGGCCAGUAAGGAAGGCACAGUGAUGGGUGUGGCUGUGUCUAAGGUCGCCAUGCUGACUCACUGCCAAGCACUGACCCAGGCCUGCAACUACUGUGAAGGAGAGACACUAGUGAACGUUCUGGACUUCAAAAAGGACAUGGGUCUUUGGCACGGUGUUCUCGCGGCUGUGAUGAACAGGAUUCACACCAUCAGUGUGCCCUACGCUGUGAUGAAGGCCUGCCCUCUCUCCUGGGUACAGAGAGUCCACAUUCAUAAAGCUCGGGUAGCUCUGGUGAAGUGUCGUGACCUGCACUGGGCUAUGAUGGCCCACCGAGACCAGAGGGACACCAGCCUGGCAUCUCUACGCAUGCUCAUCGUCGCCGACGGUGCCAACCCCUGGUCUGUGUCGUCCUGUGAUGCCUUCCUGAACGUGUUCCAGUCCCAUGGGCUGAAGCCCGAGGUCAUCUGUCCAUGUGCUGCCUCCCCAGACGCCAUGACUGUGGCCAUACGCAGACCAGGGGUGCCCGGCGCGCCUCUCCCUGCCCGUGCCAUCCUCUCCAUGGGCGGACUGAGCCACGGCGUCAUCAGGGUCAACACAGAGGACAAGAACUCCGCCCUCACCGUGCAGGAUGUGGGUCAUGUGAUGCCUGGAGCUCUGAUGUGUAUAGUGAAGCCGGAGGGGCCUCCUCAGCUGUGUAAGACCGAUGAGAUUGGGGAGAUUGUGAUCAACUCGCGUGCUGGAGGCAACAUGUACUACGGCCUGCCUGGGGUCACCAAGAACACGUUUGAGGUGAUUCCCGUCAAUGCCAGUGGUGCUCCUAUAGGAGAGAUCCCAUUUGUGAGGUCUGGACUGCUGGGCUUUGUAGGACCGGGCAGUCUAAUCUUCAUUGUGGGUAAGAACGAGGGGCUGCUGAUGGUGAGCGGGAGGAGACACAACGCUGACGACCUGGUGGCCACAGCCCUGGCCGUGGAGCCGGUGAAGACCGUGUACCGUGGGAGGAUCUCCGUGUUUUCAGCGACAGUGUUCUAUGAUGAGAGGAUAGUGAUUGUGGCAGAGCAGAGGCCUGAUGCCAGUGAGGAGGACAGUUUCCAGUGGAUGAGUCGAGUACUGCAGGCCAUAGACAGCAUCCACCAGGUGGGGCUGUACUGUCUGGCCCUGGUGCCUGCCAACACGCUGCCCAAGACCCCCCUGGGGGGCAUUCACAUCUCAGAGACCAAGCAGAACUUCCUCGAUGGCACCCUGCACCCCUGCAACAUCCUAAUGUGCCCCCACACCUGUGUCACAAACCUGCCCAAACCACGCCAGAAGCAACCAGUGGGAGUAGGCCCAGCCUCCAUAAUGGUGGGUAACCUGGUGGCCGGGAAGAGGAUAGCCCAGGCAGCAGGCAGGGACCUGGGCAUGAUUGAGGACCAGGACCUGGUCAGGAAGCUCUGUAUGUGGCCCACCAUGAUGCACCAGUUCUUGACAGAAGCUCUGCAGUGGAGAGCGCAGACGGACCCAGACCAUGUUCUCUAUGUGCUGCUUAAUGCCAAGGGGGUAGCAGUGUGCACAGCCACUUGUGUGCAGCUGCACAAGCGGGCAGAGAAGAUUGCAGCAGCGCUGACGGAGAAGGGCAGCAUCAACACAGGAGACAACGUGGUCCUGCUCUACCCUCCUGGAGUUGACCUCAUAGCCUCUUUCUAUGGCUGCCUGUAUGCCGGCUGUGUUCCUGUCACAGUCAGACCUCCUCAUCCCCAGAACCUGGCAGCCACACUGCCCACUGUGCGCAUGAUCAUUGACGUCAGUAAGGCAGCCAGCAUACUGACCACUCAGAACCUAAUGAGGAUCCUGCGCUCCAAAGAGGCUGCAGCCACUGUGAACAUCAAAACCUGGCCCACAAUCAUAGACACAGAUGAUCUCCCACGCCGCCGCCCCUCCCAGAUCUACAAGCCCCCCACAGCAGAGAUGAUAGCCUACCUGGAUUUCAGUGUGUCCACCACGGGCAUGCUCACAGGGGUCAAGAUCUCCCAUGCGGCGGUGAGCGCGUUGUGUCGCUCUAUCAAGCUGCAGUGUGAACUCUACUCCUCUCGCCAAAUAGCCAUCUGCCUUGACCCCUACUGUGGCCUGGGCUUUGUUCUGUGGUGUCUCGCCAGUGUGUACUCGGGCCAUCAAUCCAUCCUCAUCCCUCCUUUUGAGCUGGAGACCUGCCUGCCCCUGUGGCUGAGCACGCUCAGUCAGUACCGCAUCAGAGACACCUUCUGCUCCUACUCUGUCAUGGAGCUCUGCACCAAGGGCCUGGGCACGCAGACUGAGAUCCUCAAGGCCCGAGGGCUCAGCCUGUCAUGUGUGAGGAGCUGUGUGGUGAUAGCAGAGGAGCGUCCCCGGCUCUCCCUCACACACUCCUUCUCCAAGCUGUUUAAAGAUCUGGGUCUGUCCCCCCGGGCUGUCAGCACGGCCUUCGGGUCCAGGGUCAACUUGGCCAUCUGCCUGCAGGGCACCACUGGGCCAGACCCCUCCACUGUGUUUGUGGACAUGAAGUCCCUGCGCCAUGACAGAGUGAGGCUGGUGGAGAGAGGAGCACCCCAGAGUCUCCCUCUAAUGGAGUCUGGCAAAAUCUUGCCAGGCGUCAGGGUGAUCAUUGUGAACCCAGAAACCAGAGGGCCUCUCGGAGACUCUCAUCUUGGAGAGAUCUGGGUGAACAGCCCCCACAGUGCCAGUGGCUACUACACCAUCUAUGGGGAGGAGAGCCUGCAAGCAGAUCACUUUAACACCAAGCUCAGUUUUGGAGACCCCCAGACACUGUGGGCCAGGACGGGCUACCUGGGCUUCGUCAAGAGGACAGAGCUGCUUGACGCUAGCGGGGAUCGUCAUGAUGCCCUGUUUGUGGUGGGCUCCUUGGAUGAGACGUUGGAGCUUAGGGGACUGCGUUAUCAUCCCAUUGACAUCGAGACCUCAGUGUCUCGGGCUCAUCGCAGCAUUGCUGAGAGUGCGGUGUUCACAUGGACCAACCUUCUGGUGGUGGUGUCGGAGUUGUGUGGUUCAGAGCAGGACGCUUUGGACCUGGUGCCCCUCGUCACCAACGUCGUCCUGGAGGAGCACCACCUCAUUGUGGGUGUGGUGGUCAUUGUGGACCCCGGGGUCAUCCCCAUCAACUCUCGUGGGGAGAAGCAGCGCAUGCACCUGAGGGACUCUUUCUUGGCUGACCAGCUGGACCCCAUCUAUGUGGCCUACAACAUGUGAGGUGGGCUGGGAGUUCAGGGCUGGAGCAUGGGACCUGAGGUCUGGGCUGGUCUGGCCAGUGUCCAAGUUCAGUGAUGGCUAAAAACCUCUUGGACCACCCUACAAACUCACAACACAAGAGUGAAGUUUGGACCUCAUCCCACUCACCAGUGAGCUGUCCUGUGGUGGGGUCAUCUGUGUGUUGGAUAUCAGAGUCAUUAUGCAUGACCUGUGUUAUGUUUGAGACACUGUACACUGUGUUGUAAAGCUACUGUUCUCCAACCUGGAUGAAGCUAACCAGAACCUACUUAUCCCAGUCCGUUUUACUGAACUGGACCUGGAGGGGAGGAGCUAGCUGUAUGCCCUCCUUCUCUUUCCCUCACAGCUUGACUCUCCCUUAUUGCACUGAGUCUAAAUGUUUUCAGGUGCUGUUGUCAAAACAAUCCCCCCUCAGGUGAACUACUACCAUACCAUUUGAAGCACUUUUCACCUACAUGAUGCAAUGUUAUGGGAUUUAAGGGGAUGUGAGACCACCACUCCACACACAUAAAAAGGUCCAAGGGGAGGGGCAGUGUUUAACACUGAUCAAUAAUGGUGUCAGCAGUGUUGGAUUCUCGCCAUUUAUUUCUCAACCCUGUUGCACUUAAUUGUUUUCUAUAGCUAUAAAAAGGUAACCUGUACAUUUCUCAAUUCACAAAUUCUAAAUUGAGAUCAUUUGUUUAUUUCUUGUCUUACAACACACAACUCCUAUCUUUGAAUUUUGAGUAUAGCUGAUUAUUUCCUUUUCAAUAAUGUUUAUGUUUUCUGAGUGGGAUACCAGACAGUUACCCAAAGGGAUGGUUGGGGCCAGAGGUAAAAAAAACAAACUGUACUGUAUCCAUAAAGGCCUCUGUAUUUUAGAUAUAUGUUUGUGAUUGUAUAGAUAUUAUUUUAAAAAUGUAUAAACUCUAAAUGGAUCUCUCUCACGUGAUGGUUUCUGGAUAACUAACCUAGUUGUGGGCUGAUGUAAUAUUGUAAAUAAGAAUUUAAUCAUUUUAACACAAAAAUGCCAGUAGUGAUUUUCAAAUAUUUGAAUGCUAAUCUUGCACUUUCCUUCAAAUUGUCUAUUUUUUCAUGACACUUAUGUCAUGACUCCAGGAGUCACGACAAGUUAUGCACAUUCCUUGUGGUUCAGGAUUCAAUUCUGAGAAAUCAUGCCGAAACCAAGCAUGGUCCACAGCAAAUGACAAUAAGUCAUUUCUAAUGAUUAAUACCAGGGUAUUUAAAAAUAAGAUAAUCAUGAUAAAGCUCUAUGGUAAACACUUGGCCCAUCAGUGUGGUGAUAGUGAAGCAGUCCUCAUAAAUGCAUAAAACCAUGUGGCAAACCAUUAGUUUACAUUAGUGUACUAAUUAUAAUGUUAAUACAUGUCUUUUAAUGGACAGCUAUAAUGUUACUCAUUUUGCACGGUCAAUAUGAGUAUUAAGGUUUUCCAAAGACGAGGUAUUGAGCUUUUAAAAGGUGUAAUCGAUGUCAGGAAGGUCCUUGUUAAAUAUGUCAAAAUACACAAACAUUUGUAGAUAUCAAAUGGUUUGUAAUAUGUUAUAGAUACUUAAACACAUUUUAAUUAUGGAUGUCUACUGUCACCACUCAGUUAGGUGUUAGAAAGCCAGUAUUUUAUUUUCAUACAAAUGUUAACAUGCAAGUCUCACAGUGAAUGUGCCCUCAAUGCUUUUGUGGUGUACAGCAUGGUGUACUAUAGUACCUCUUACCCCUUUCACAGUACCUAAUUAAUACUAUAGUCUCAACAGACUAAAGAAACAAUUUAUUGUUCAGCUGAAAUGCAUCAGUUCAUGAGAUUGGACUAGUCUGAGAAUCACUUAUGUACAGAGAAGGAUGACUGAAAGGGCUCUACUCUGGUAAGUAGAAUAGAACAUGAUAUUUCUCAUGCAUGGAUCUCUAUCCAACUGGUCGGGUGUUUGAAAUGGGAUGCACUCCUCUUUGAAUCACUGGAAUAUUUUUGCCCCUGUAUAAGUCAUUUGCACACCUGAGCCAAUCAUAUUGCUUGAAUUCUACAGGAGGCCCCUUGAAGUGUCCUUUACUGACAAAUACAGGAAGUGUACUGUAGCCAAGGCAGAGGGACAUCAACCACUUAUGCUGUUGUAAUGUUUUUCUAUCCUCCACACAUACAGUGUGGUGAGGAAUACUUUAUUUACUGUUAAGUUUUAACAGAUUUUGUUUUGUAUAUGAUAUUAUGUUCCCUCUUAUCUAUACGUCCCUCUGUCCUUGCUCCUCAUCAUAACUUAUUAUUGGUUCCUCAUAAUGAAUUUGAUGUGUGUACAAUUAGCCAUUUAUUAUACUGUACUGUUAAACAUGUACAUACAUUUAAUGUUUUGAUAAUUUUGGUCUGAGUGUGAAUUACAUUAAACCUUGUAACUCAAGCCUAUGCCAAACACUACACGUUAAUUCAAGUUUAAACAGUACAUUAUAAUGUGAGAAUAGAAACAAUGUGCUGCGGAUGUACUAACCCAUUAUUCUUCAGGAUUUGUUUGGAUCAGAGAUGUGAAUGAUUUAAACAAUUGUCCCCUUUGUAUGGUUGAAAAGACAUAGAAAUUGUGUGUGAGAUUAAAUGGCUGUGAUCUAUUUUAAAAUAAACAAAAAUGAGAUAGAACAUUGCAUUAUAAUGCUACCUUUGAGUUGAUAUUACAUGUUCACAAUGCAAUCUUUUCAUGACUCCAAGCACAAGUAGAAAACAGCUUUAACAGUCUUGCAGGAGGGACAACUUAAUAUUUAAUAAUUUUCUAUUUCAAAUAAUCCAGGUAACAGUUGUACUCUGAUGGAAGACCAAGGUACAUCUGGGAUUUUCUUCUAUCAAUCAAACCCUUGUUUGUAAAAAAAGAAAAGAACACUUUUUGAAAGCUAAUUGCAACCAGAGCAGGUGUGGUGGGUUAGUUGGGGACAAUAAUGGGACUCACACUUUUUUGCUCCUGCUCCCUCUCUGUAAAUUCCAAUGCUUGCAAAGCCUGGGCCGAAUUAAAAAUAUGUAAGGAAAAGAUUGACUAGUUUGGCCAGUGUUAUACAAAGCAUUGCACAUCUCUGUCUGGAGUUGUUCAACCAAUAUGUUAUGUAUGCACUCUUAGUAAAUUGUGUUUAUAAAAUAUUUCAAUACAUAAAAAAAUUAUACAUUUGUUAUGGGCAGGUAUAUUAUAUCCACCAAUUAAUCCUUGAAGCUCUGGAGCAUUUUGGAGGUACAUUAGCCUACAUAAUUUAUGAAUAAAUAAGUGAUGAUAGUAUCCCAUUCCAAUAUUUUCUAUUUUUUUCUAUUUUGUAAAUUGGUUGUACUGGUUUUAUACUUAAAUUCG